AGCGCUGCCGCCUCCGAGUCGUCACCUCUCCUUGCGACCACUAAUGAGCCCUCGGCUCCGCGACCCACCCCCAAGCCACCGCGACCGCGAAAUGUAACCUUCAAUCCGACCAUAUCGACCGCGUCACCACCAAAACGUCCAGCUUUUGUAAAGUCUCCUUCGAACCCAGCCGGCGCUUCUGCUGCGAGUUCGAGCGCCAUCGUCAAUUCGUCGGCGCGCGAAGCCUUUCCACAAAGCACAUUGUCGGCUUUGAACUCCAAGCUGCGAAGGAGGAACAGCUCUGGCGCUGCGCUCCAACUUCCACAGUUGAAUCCAGCUUCGAGGAUUGGUCCACAGAGGACCACGCGAACAGCAUCCAAAUUAAAGCUUCUUCCUAACCCAGAUGUUGUCGAUGAUGGGCCCGAUGAAGAGAGUGGGCGAGAUGUGUACUCCCAAUUCACGCGCAUCAAAGACCCCACCGCCAGAAGAGACGCGGCGAGACUAGGCAAGGAGGACAGACAGAGACUCCCGCGUGUCACAGCAUACUGCACAGCCGGCUCAUACAGGAUCGAGGACUUGAUGCGCUUCCUGAAGGGGAGGGUCAAGACGAAGGGGGCUGCGCCGAAAUUGUUUGACGAAUGCUUGUACUCUCCAUACUCAUAUCGUAAAGAAGGCUCGAGAUCAGACGGGAGCAGGAGAAGAAGGAGUAAUGGAGCGAUAGAUGAAGACGGUGAUGCAGACCCCAGUCAAGUCCACAGCCAGCCUCAGAGACGCUUUAGUGACUCAGCAAUUGAGGUGGAAGAGCAGGCCAGAGAAAGGAGAGAGGAUCUUAUCGACAUGAACACAAACAACGAAAGCAAUGGCAGUUCAACCAACGGAGCACCCUUAGCGAGUGCAAGCAGUCAUGACUUGACGCGAGACGUGUCUAUUAGCACGGAUGACAUAACGAUUGAUGCUCAUGGCGCUGACCAACCCUUGACGCCAGACUUGGAUACGACAGUACAUAUUCCCGAAGUCUUUCUUUUCGAGUACGGUGUGGUGGUGAUCUGGGGCAUGUCAGUGAAAGAAGAGCAGCGCUUCCUGAAAGAAAUCUCAAAGUUCGAGCGAGAAAAGCUCAGCAAAGACGACGUGCAGACGGAAGAGUUCAACUUCUACUACACGCGAGAGUAUCAAGCACGAAUAUACAACGACUUCAUCUCACUCCGGGAAAAGAAGAACUACAUGACCAAACUAGCCAUCAGCCACGCGUUGGCACAGUCAACGAAGACAUCCCUAUACGAAGACCUCCUCGACGCGACCAUAUCCACAACCCAAACAAUCCCUUCCCAGAUCGCCUCAACAGGACGCAUCCAAAUGACUCGCAAAGAAAUCAACAUGCAAAUCGGCGAACUCUUUAUUCUGAGAAUCAACAUCCAUCUCCAAGGCUCCGUCCUCGAUGCCCCGGAACUCAUGUGGGCAGAACCACAACUCGAACCUGUGUAUCAGGCUGUGAGAUCUUAUCUUGAAAUGGACCAAAGAGUGGCACUUUUACAGGAGAGGGUUGGCGUCAUUGCGGAUCUCCUCGCCGUACUCAAAGAUCAGUUGAGUCAUACCCAUGGCGAGUAUCUCGAAUGGAUUGUGAUUGUUUUGAUCGCUGCGGAGAUUUUGGUGGCGGCGAUUAAUAUUGUUGUGGAUUUGUAUGCU